GCUGCCCUAUCAAAAUUUAAAUGCUUAUUCGUGUAUUUGAAUUAUAUGUAACAUAACGUAUUACAUGUACAAUUACGAUCUUGCUUCUAUCUAGACAUCAAAGGAAAUGACUACUAUUCCUUUCAAACUUGGCUUUUGUAACCUGGACAUCAAUAUUUUGAAACUGACUUAUUUUUUAUUACAUUUCAUACAGAUUCAGCACUGAGUUGCUGAAGCAGAAAAUUGCUAUAGCAAAUAUUCUGCUUAAUGUGACAGAUAUGCUUGUCAGUUGCUUGACCUUAACCACUUGAGCAUGUUCUUUAGUGGCUGACAGUAUGUCCGUCUCUGAUCAUCAGCAGGAGUAGUGAGGGAGCAUUGUAGCCAUGUGUUGAGAGGGAUUCUUUGGGGGUUUGAAUAAAUAUAACAAAAGCAAAGUUUGAAGGAAAUAUUAACCAUUUUUUCAUACUUUAUAGGGCUAAGCAAAUAGGAAAUAACAAUUGCUACAAAAGGACAAAAAUCAUGUUAUACAGUGUUAUCUAUCAAUCUGGUGGGCACACAAGCCAAAUUGACCACAUUCUCACCAGAAAAUAAGAUAAAUAUUUGUGAAUUUAAAAGUUCUUCCUAAUUGAAAAUGAUGAUGGAGAUAGACUUAUAACAUAGAGAAAUGGAAGUUGUUUUGGGACAACCUACUGAAGAUAACAUUGGACUCAAAGGAUAUUUUUUACCAUCAGUUAUGAAGACUAAAGGAAAAUAUACACAGCUGACAUAACUAUGUUCAUAUAAAUCUUUUUACAAUCCCUAUGAAAUAUUUUCUCUGACUGGUGUUAUUAGCAAAAUAUUUCUGUUUCACUGUCUGGAAAAUGUAUAAAAUGAUCUUGAAUUUUAUUUGAACUUAGAUUACAAAAGAAUUUUCAGCAUCUUCAGGUAUGUGGAAAUAUACAGAAUAAAUAUUUGUUGGAAACAGGAUUAUAAGUUGAAAGGGAGAAAAAAAGAAAAAGCAUCUGAUAGAAAUAUCUGGAUAUAUCAGUGAAAGAAAAAUGGAAUUAUUUGAGGAAAAUGAUAAAUGUAAAUAUCAGACUGAAAGGAUUGAUUUUAUUGGUGAGUUAAAAGAUGUUGAAAAAUCAUCAUACUACUGUGAUAUCUGUAGCAGAUCAUUCACUCACAAAGGUAAUCUUACUACUCACAGACGUAUUCAUACAGGAGAGAAGCCAUAUGACUGUGGCAUCUGUGGUAAAUCAUUCUCUCAGAAAAUUAGCUUAACUACACACAAAAACACUCAUACAGGAGAGAAGCAAUAUUACUGUGAUAUCUGUGGUAAAUCAUUCUCUCAAAAUAACCACUUAGUUACACAUAAACAGACACAUACGAAAGAGAAACCAUAUCAGUGUGAUAUCUGUGGUAGAUCAUUCUCUCAAAAAAUUAGUUUAAAUAUACAUAAACAGACUCAUACAGGAGAGAAACCAUAUCACUGUGAUGUCUGUGGGAAAGCAUUCUCUGAUAAAAAUACCUUAACUACACACAAACGUAUUCAUACAGGAGAGAAGCCAUAUCACUGUGACAUCUGUGGUCAAUCAUUCUCUGUAGGUAGUACUUUGAUUAUACACAAACGUUUUCAUACAGGCGAGAAACCGUAUCACUGUGAUAUCUGUAGCAAGUCGUUCUCUCAGAAUACUCACUUAACUACUCACAAGCACACUCACACAGGAGAGAAGCCAUAUUACUGUGAUGUCUGUGGUAAAUCAUUCUCUGCAAGUAGUAACUUAUCUAAACACAAACACAUUCACACUGGAAAGAAACCAUAUCAGUGUGAUAUCUGUGGCAAAUCAUUCUCUCAGGUUGCUAACUUAAUUACUCACAAAUAUGUACAUACUGGAGAGAAGCCAUAUCAGUGUAAUAUCUGCAGCAAAUCAUUCUCUCAGACUGGUAGUUUAACUAAACACAAACACAUUCAUUCAUUAGAGAAGCCAUAUCAUUGUGAUAUCUGUGGUAAAUCAUUCUCUGAACGUAGUAACUUAAAUGCACACAAACAUACUCAUACAGGAGAGAAACCAUAUGACUGUGAUAUCUGUGGCAAAUCAUUUUCUGUUAAUAGUACCUUAACUACACAUAAACGUAUUCAUACAGGAGAGAGGCCAUAUCACUGUAAUAUCUGUGGUAAAUCAUUCUCUCAAAAUAAUCACUUAACUGCACACAAACACACACAUACAGGAGAGAAACCGUAUCACUGUGAUUUCUGUGGUAAAUUAUUCUCUGCAAGUAGUAAUUUAACUAAACACAAGAACAUUCAUACAUGAGAGAAACCAAAUGAACAAUGGUAUUUCUGGUUCAUCAUUCUCUAAUAGAAGUAAUUAAACCAAUGCUCUCUUAGAAGAAAGAAGGCUGGUCAUUUUGAUACUGUAACUGCACCUGUGUAAUCAUACAGAAGAAUAAUUGUAUCACUGAUAAAAGUCAUUCUCUAAAAGAAAUAUAUAAAAAUAAAUGUAUUCAUACUGGGAAGCAAAAACAAUGUGUGGCAACAGUCUACUAACAGCAUUUUUAUGCAGCUUUAUCUACAUUGGGAACACAACUUAACAUUCUGAUACCUUUAUUAAAGGACAUUAUUUCAGAAUCCUCAUGUAUAUUUCCCUCUAGCAUUUCCUGAAGUAGGAAAAAAUGCUGAUUUAAUUGACAACGUGGAUAAAUAGAUGAGAAAUGUACUCUCAUAUAACAAUGAUAACAUCACUGCACAGUAAUUAUGUUAGAAAUGAUAUAUAUGACGACAAUCUUAUAACACGCUUUUUUAUACAGUCACAGCUAUAUCAACAUCAGGAAUAUUCUGAUGUUUUUCAGAAUUCUCAUAUAUUUCCCCCUCUAAUACAGUAUUUCUCAACCUAUUUUACCCAUGGAUCCCAUUAUAACUUUAAGGGAAAAUGCCCCACUGGUUGUUGGGGAAAAAAACAACUUUAUUUUAAUAUUUUAUCCCAAUUUUUUAAUACAAAAGAAUCUACCGGUAACUCUUUAUUAAGUACUGAGUACGAGAAAAAAGUAUAUUAUUGACUAAUAAAAGAAAAGUGAAUCAUUCUAAUGAGAACCUUGUGCUUUGUGACAACAGCACCAUGCUCCACCACAAUUUUCCCAGGCCCCACUGGUGGGGCAUAUGCCCCAUGUUUGGAAUCACUGCCGUAACAUAUUUCCUGAAAUAGGAAAAGAUAUUGAUUUAUUUGACAUUGUGGCUGAAUAGAUGAGAAACAUAUUCUCAUAUAACAACAAUGACAUCACUGCACAGUUAUUAUGUUAGAAAUGAUGUGUGUAUGACACAGAGGUAGUGUGUCCCUUUUUCAAGGCCUGGCUGCCCCUUGCUAGAUUUUAUAAUCAUCAGGCAGCAAGCUGGCAGAAUUGUUGGCACCCUGGGCGAAAUGGUUAACAGAAUUUUGUUUGUUUUUACAUUCUUUCUUCAAAUUCUGCUGCAGUUGACUUUGUCUUUCAUCCUUUUAGGUCAACAUAUUAAGUACCAGUGAAACACUGGGGUCGAUGUAAUUGACUAGUCUCCUCCCCCAAAAUUUCAAAUCCUUGUGCCUUAGAAGAAAGGAUUAUUAUUAUUAUAUUUUUAAAAAGAUUGACGUAACUCUUUACUAAAGAAACUACCAGUAACUCUUCUAUUAAGUACUGCCAGUGGUAAAAUUGAUAAUUGAAGACUGGGCUUCUCUUCGUAUUGUGUAUUUACCUUCAUGAAGAGUUAUGUCAAUCCUUUUAAAAUAUCAAAAUUAAGUAGAUUGAGAUUAUUGCUUUUAUGUUACACCAAAUAAGAAUUGGAACAUUUAGAAAUUGUGGAAUAAAAAUUACAGCUUUUGCAUUUUAUUCCUUCUUACAGUUGGCUUGUCAGCUCCAUUAGUUUCUCUAGACUCCAGUGUUGAACUCAAUCCUGGGCCAAUGGAUUUUGUGCCAUUCAAAUACGAAUCACAAAAUGGGAAAUUGACAUUUCUAUCAAUUAAAAAAAACUUAAUUGUUUUUGUGCUAAAAUCAAAUGCCAUUUAUCAUUUCUGGAUACAUGCAGAUGGGAACAGAUUUUACCUGAAGGUCUUACAUCAAAUAUUCCAGUGUGCAUCACAGCCUGAUUGCUUCAAAAGUUUAAAUUGAUUGGAGAGAGCAAUUCAUUCCAUAUAAUGGAAGCUGUUUACCACUAUCAUUCAAAAUUAAUAUCAUUUGGUGCAGUCAUUAAGAAGACUUUGAGUGUCCUUGAACAGGUAUGGUCUAAAAUUUGUUUCAGCUAUUUGCUUAAUUGUCUGAUGAACUUUGAAAAAAUGGAAAUUUUGUCCCUGAAGACAAAAAUUGAAAAGAAGCUGAAAAAACUGAUUUCCCAUUUCUCUGACCCAAUGGACAAGGGAACAUUUUAGUUGAAAACAUUUGCUUUGAAAUAUGUCAUUUUUGUUUUCAGGACAAAUGUUAUGUGACACACUUAUUGACGCUGGGUUGAAAAUCAUAGCAGAAAAUUUUCCUGAAAUUCCUAUACGAUCGACCAUUUUUUCUCACAUGGAAUUUCUAACAUAGUGUCCACACUGCACAUUGUUCAUUCAUCACACCAGGAACAAUCAUUUUGUUUUGUCAACCAACUUUUUCAGAGAUAUCUAUGCUUAUGACCGUUUGAACUUACCUGUAUCACAGGAACUAACAGCACAGAUAACAAUGCUGUACUUCCCAUGUCCUUUUGCCCUGGCAUACACAUUUGAACUUGUCAUUGGAAACUCUCCAGAGAAGUUUUUAUUUGAUCAGUCAGAAAUGCGAGCACAUUUAAGAUUUUGCCUUGAGAACAUUAAAUUUGUUCCUUUCCUGAAAGUAAAGGUUUUUCAAAUGCCAACAAAAACCAAAGAAGUCACUCCCUUUCUAUCACCCACCCUAAAAGUUGACUUCUCACAUAAACAUUCACAACAAUUUUUAUCACCCAAUAGAUUAUAUCGUUCAAACCAAUAAAAUAUCCAUUGCACUCUUCAUAUUGUCUGUUGUUAUUAAUUUUGUUCAUCAUGUACAAAUACGUGUGUAUUCAUCUUGUUAGAUGUGUUUUUACUUUACAUGAGCACUUAAGUGGUUUUUGAGUCCUGACAGCUGUUUGAAAUUUGUUUUAUAAAACAGCAGGAAUCUAAUGAAAGUAAGACUG